CUUCACUUAACAUAACAGGCUACAGAUAUCUUUAUAACGAUUUGGAGGUGGGGGAAAAUUUCCUUUAAUUUAGUGGAGAGAAUGAGGUUUUGAGGCUUGAAAGGAGGAAGAAAAGGGUCAUGCAAAUCAUUGUGGAUCCCUCUUGGCAGAUAUCCUCCUCUUGGCAGGCACUGCCGCUACUUCCUCAAUAGCAAGGGGUACUAGACGGUGAUGGUGGUGAAGGAGGAAAGCAAAGGAGGUAAGGUAGCAAUUGCUGUUAAGGGUUUAAUCUAAUAGAGUGGUGGAAGGAUAUCAUAAACUGCAAAAUGGAGUCUUAAUGGGUCCAGGUGUUGGCGGCGGAGGCCGUAUCAAUGGAACACCGGCUGGUGGUAGCAGGCUGAAAGGGUUGAUUUAGGGUUAGCGUCGUGUGAGUUAGGAAGAAACGAAGAGAAGAGAUGAUUAUUUGCUGAGAAUUCUGGUUUCUCAAUGUUUAGCACAAAUUCUCCAUCAAUCGGUCUAGCUGUGGGGUCACAGACCGGGUCUAUCCAAGUUUUUGCUGUAAAACGAGCACACGAGGGGUUGGUCAAGAUAAACUAACUUAUCUGGAAAAGACAAACUAAACUUAUCUGAAAGUGGAGUCUCUGAAGAAAAGAAAAAGAAAAACAUGAUCCUAAAACCACCCCAGCACUUCCACUGUUGAAUCUUGAUGCUUUCAAGAUUGAUUUGUGUAUAACACCGCUGCUAAGAUAGAUAGACAGAUACGUAGGCGAAGAAGAGAGAAUGCUGACGAUGGUUCAAUCUACCAUCUCCUCACCCUUGCAGCAUUUACCACCAAUUCUAACCGCAACCCACAAAUGUAACAGUAAUUUUCAGCUCUCAGCUUCAGUUCCUCAGUGGCCAUGUACAAAUACAACUCUCAAUGUCAGAUUGAAGCCUCCAAAGAAGCUCCUCUCUUUUCAGAUACUCGGAAGGGAAGUGAGCAGCUUUUCAUUCUUGCCAUUACAAAGACUAGAUGAAUUCUCAAGUUACCUACCACAUAGUGAAGAUUUAACUAUUGUGGAUAGAAAACCAAUUUACACAGCGGAGCUCUCUUAUGGAGCAAUAUCAUGGUUCGUGUCUGAACAAGCUGCAUUGGCAAGUGAAAAUGUCAGAAUGAAUGCAGUUUUUGAGAUUGGGGAAUUGUUUGAAUUAGGAAUUCAGCUCACCUACUUGCUUCUGCUACUGGUGUUGAUUGGGGUUGGAAGCUUUUUCGUAAUCCGUCAAGUACUUGUCCGAAGAGAGCUUGAUCUUUCUGCAAAAGAAUUGCAAGAACAGGUUAGAAGUGGAGAUGCUAGUGCAACGGAGUUUUUUGAACUUGGAGCAGUGAUGCUGAGAAGAAAAUUUUAUCCAGCAGCUACUAAGUACCUGCUUCAGGCAAUUGAGAGAUGGGAUGGUGACGAUCAGGAUCUUGCUCAAGUUUAUAACGCCCUUGGUGUUAGUUACAUCCGUGAUGAAAAAUUAGAGAAGGGAAUAGCCCAGUUUGAAAAUGCUGUAAAACUUCAACCAGGCUAUGUCACUGCCUGGAACAACCUUGGUGAUGCCUAUGAGAAGAAGAAAGACUUCAAGUCUGCCCUUAAAGCAUAUGAAGAAGUUCUCCUUUUUGAUCCUAACAACAAAAUUGCACGUCCUAAGCGAGAUGCCUUGAAGGAAAAAGUGAAAGUGUACAAAGGAGUUCCUGUGAAAUCCAAGAAGAGUUGAUUAUUAUUAUGUUCAUCCUUAGGAACUUUGUCGUUAUUUGUCUGAACUUUACCGGUUUAAUAGUUGCUCCAGCCAAAAUUUUGAAACAUUAAUAGCUGGAUUUUCAAAACAGAUCCUAUGCCGUGGUAUCAACUAUCAAUGAACCAUGAUGAGUUUAAUUGUCCUUGAGGUAUGAUCUUGAAUGAGCCAUCUUGCUCUACUGAGGGUUUACGGAAAAGAUGAGUACAUUGUUCGUCUUA